AUGUUCUUCAGAUGCGGUAGAAGACAUCUUCAUAGUUGGAGGAGAGCAGAAGAAGGGUUGGAAGUUCGUGAAGAACAAAUCAGAAAAUCUACAGAGUGUUUCAACUGGAUCGACCAAACCUGGACAUCCGCAGUAUUUGAAGGUCGUUCCCACACUAGUUCAUUCUUGUAUCAAGGUCAAAUGGUAAUUGCUGGAGGUCUUGUUGAUUAUAAGAACAAAACAAAUACCCUAAAAUGUAUAAACGUUAGAGAUGCAGCAGCUACAUGGAAAGAUUCCGAUUGUAAACUUCCUAUCAGGUUCUCUAGUCAUACAGUUGUCAAUCAUAACGAUCUGUUGUUUCUGGCUGGAGGAUAUUGUCAACUUAUUGAAAAGGAAAUAUUGAAACAAUCCGAUACUAUCUAUGAGGUGCAGUUGGCUCCACCAUAUUCCAGUAAGAUCUUGACAAGAUUACCACAAGAGAUAUCUUAUCACGGCAUGGAAAUGUUUGAUCAGAAAUUGUUCAUUCUUGGAGGGUUUGGUUUGGAGAUCAAGGCCAGUGUGGUACAAUAUGAUCUCAUCAAGAAUGAAUGUAAAGAAAGGCCGCCAUUGCCAUAUGCUGUGGAUGAAAUGGCGACUGUCUUAUGGCGGAAUAACGUGCUUGUGAUCGGUGAUGAGAGUACACGUAGUAAGUGCUUGAAUGCGGUAAUAAUGUAUGAUGUCAUCACAGGACGUUCUCAAAUGUUGCCAUGUAUGAAGCAUAAACGACGUGUUUGCACAGCGGUCUUAACUGGCAAUAGGAAUGAAUGA